AUGGCACCAGAUCCACAUACCUACAUAAGGGACCACCUUCUGAAUACGAAGUCGCUGCCAGUUUCGGAAGUAUGGCUCUCAGAAUUUCUUUCUGCCCAACGGCCGGGAACCACACCCCUUGCUGCCCUAACCCAAACUGCGUUGUUCCGACUCCUUGCCUCUGAUUUUACCAAUUCACUUGAGAUACCAAGUUCAAACUUGAGGCAGGUACUGCCUACAGAUGUCACUGACCCGAGCAUCAAGGAAAGGUGCAUAUCUGGGCCUGUUCCUGUCCAAAUCUUUGAUAUAGAAGACAUUGGAACUAGCAUAUGGAGCCAAGUGGAAGCUAUUGAGAGGAUUGAGAGAGGUGAAUCAAUAAGGGGGAGAGAAGUUAUUAGAACGGUACCACAAGCCGCCGAGGUUGAAGAAGGGAUUAGUACCAUGAACACUACAAAUGCUAUUGGAAGGCAAUCGGCACCAUCCGCUAGUUCUGGGGAGCAUGCAAAACUAGGAGGGCCGCACCGACUCAUCUUGCAGGACUGCAAAGGCACGAAGGUAACAGCUAUAGAGCUGAAACCUCUAGAUGCAAUAAAAAUAGGAGAAACAGCGAUUGGAACAAAGCUACUGAUCACUAAUGCUAUUGUCGCGCGUGGGAUGGCCCUUUUAGAUCCAGAAUGUGUUACAAUCCUUGGAGGUAAAAUUGAAGGACUAGACAGCCAAUGGAAAGCUGGUCGGAAAAGAAGACUCCUAUCGGCACUGAACCCACCAGAAAAUACCGGUUCAGCAUGA